AGGUACUGCGACAAGCUUGUCAAGGGCAAACACUCUUGCGGCUGUUCGAUAUUCUUCCAUCGCCAGACUCAAAACGGAAUAUCCGGGGUUGCUGAUUGAGGAUUGACUCGCGCCUUAGCAGCUGACAUCUUUCCGCCCGCCUCAGCUCAUUGCUGCUCGCUCGCUACCUUGCUUUGCUUACAGUGAACAAGCGCAAUCACACGAACUUUUCCGAGACCUAUCCGUGACGGCCAAGGGCGAGACUGGGAGGCUGCUCAUCUCUUCUCUCUUUGAAACCAAGCUUCCUAGCGUCCUGCUGUUUUUUUUAGAGGAUUUCCUCGUCGAGCUCAAUUGCUGUUUGUUGCUCGGUGACGUAGCGUUGACCAAACCAAACAAGCUGCGUCGUGAUUGAUUCACGCUCGCAUUUACUACAAUGGCGGAUGCGGAAAGUGCAGAGGGUGACCGGCCCUCGUUCACCAGCUUCUGGAAGCGAGUGAAGCAAAAGGAGAAGGGCGAAGGCGGCGACCAGCAGAAGAAGAAGGGGAAGAAGUCGGCCAGCCCAUCCUCGACUGCGGAGCUGCAGCUGGACGAAGGCGGCGAGCAAGAUCAAGAUCCUGAUGAAAACACGGGUGAAGCCGGCGAGGAGGCCGGAGCCAAAGACAAGGCUCAGCUUCGACGAGCUCAGGUUAGGAAGGCCCAGAUUCAACACCGACAAAGAAAGGCAAACUAUGUCAAGCAACUGGAGCUGGACGUGUCUCAGCUGCGAGACCUUAUCACCCAGGCCCAGCAAGAGACGUCUCAGAUCCGCAAGGAAAAUGACAGCAUCCGAGACAUCAUAAGAAGAACCGAGCCUAGCCAGUUCACAUAUCCACAGGCCGACUCGACUUAUUUCUCAAAUGCAGAUUCUCCCAGCACCCGCUUGGGUGGCAUGUCCGAGCUAGAUACCCAGGAAUGGCUCUCCGGCGGGCAGUUGUCAGAUCUCGACCUGAAUCAACACCCCUUGAUGCCUUCAACCUCGAACGAUGCCGAAAUGUUUGGCCACAUCAACGUCGAUGAUAUCACUGUGUCACUGGGCAUCCAUGACCUCCUAGGAACGCCUUGCUUCACCAUCAACAACUCUUCCACUGGCAGCAGCGUGCAAGGCUAUGCUAGCCCGCCAAGCUUCGAAAACGCUCCUUUGACGCCUCCCUUAACUCCCCAACAAGAGCAGACCGUCAUCAAUUGGGUACUAGCUCUCGAAAACAUCUGCUGGAACCACUUCCACUCCAAUGAUUUCCACGACCACAUCCCCGGCGAGACCGAGGGAGGCAACAACCAUAUUCUCACUGCAACCUCCCUCUUCAUGAAUGCCGCACCCACAUCCAUAUUCAACGACCGCCAGGUCUUCGCUGGCAUUGACCCCACGACUACACAGGCUCCCACCUUCCAGUGGCAGGCCACUGGUAUUUCCAUCAGUUCUCUCUGGGCCCUGGCUCAGUUCGAGAUUGAUCCGACCGAGAUCUCCCCCGUGCAGAUCUGGUUCGACUUGGCGUCCAAGUAUUCCUACGAACUGCUCUUUGCUGAUGGAGUGUUGACGGCCUUGUUGAUUGAGCUGAGGCCCUUCAUCAGGUGUAUAGAGUUUGGUGCAGCCGUCAAUAGGCAGUUUUACGAGGAUGUCGUUGAGAGAAUGAUUGGACUGCCGCCCGUAGUAUGA